AUGUAUUUUAGGCCCAAAAUUGUUCCUGCAAAAUUCAAGUUGAGUGAGGGGAAAGCCGAAGUUCUACAGCAAGCUCUCCAGGCUGUCUCGAAAGAAAAACCUGUUCUGAGCCGGUUAUUUUCCGCCAUUGAGGGGAAAGAUAAGCCACUUAGGGGCACAGAAAGCCUCAUCGAACGACAGGUUAAAACUCAAAGGGGGCCGUUUGAAGAUGCCCUGGUAGUCGAGUUAAUCGGGGUUUACAACAACGGUCGAGUUGGCCACUUUGACUCGCGACGCUCAAGUUUGUUGUCAACAAUGAAGACAAGGAAAUCGAUAGACCUAGCAUGCCUAGCCACUAUUGUCCUUGUCGGCUCUGAUGAUCAUCAUCGGCAUCAUGCUAGGGAGGACAGAGGGGGCCAGGUUGAUUUUCUAGCACGCUGA